CAGAAGGCAGAUACAAGAAUUACCAUCCAUUGCUUCAUGUUUAAUUUCUCAAAGGAAAACACAAGUACCCUCUUCCAGAAUCAAAGAAAAGACUCGUUGGAAAUUAAUGAAGAUAAAAAUUCAUUGACCUUUCUAGAUUUUCUCUCCCUUGAAUGCAUUACAAAAGGGGAGAAGGGUUAACAACUAUAUGCUUCAGUGGGUGUGCUACAUCACCACCACCAGCAUGUUUGACAAACUCAGCCGGGGAGAGGAAGCUGCCAUGGCAAACACAUACAAUUCUCACUUCCUCGCCUUUUCUAUAUCUGUAGAGGAAGCCUUCUAUUCUUUUCCCGUUGGGGCCAUUCCCUGUUGUUGAUACACACGGCAUGUCUUCCAAAAUGUUCCUCACCACUUCCUUGACUCCCUUGUCAGCUACAGCUGGAUUUCCAGGAGGGGUCUCAAUUGCAACUCCAGCAAAAUUGCCUGAUCCUUGAGUCUGGAGUCUACCCUGUAUGACUCUCUCUCUCUGCUCAGUUUCUAUUGUAGAUUGAACACUAGAAGGGCUCCUUGCAUCAAGACAUUUGUUUGUCCCUGCAAUUUAAUUUAAAGUUCACAGAUAAAAGGAUAUUGAAAAAAACAAGAAAUUCAACACACACUUCAUCAACACUGAUCAUGGGAAACCAACAUGAAGUUUUAUGCAGUUCUUAAACACCAACCUGCCAAUCUUCACUGCAAUGGCAUGAGUGCGAAGAAAAAUAAAGUUACAUU